AUCCCCGGAGCCUGGGGUCAUGAGGCUCACUUGCGUGAUCUCUCAGGAGCCAGGACAGAACACCACAAUGAGCUCUAGGCUCCCGACACUGAGAGCCCUCCUCUUCCUCUUGGGUGUUGGAGGAGCUCAAGUGCUGGCAGCGGACAGCUCUGCUGAGACUGAGAUUGAUUUCAAAUACGCCAUCAUUGGCACAGCCUUGGGAAUAGCCAUAUCUGCAGGCUUCCUUGCCCUGAAGAUCUGCAUGAUCCGGAGACAUUUGUCUGAUAAUGACUCUGCAGACCUGAAGAACACACCCCAGGACCCCAUCUUGCAGAAGAAGAGAAGCCCCAGAGAUGCCCAGGCUAUGGAGCUGUAAGCGGCCAGCUACAUCCGCAGAGGGCUCAUGGGUUUUGGGUCUGUUUUAGGUGAUGGAUCAUCACAACUCCUCAGCAUAGCAUCAGGUACUAAAAGGACUACAAUGGGCAGCACCUCAGUCCCGAGGGGAGAUGUCACUCCCAUUCUGGAAGCGUGUCUGCACAAGGGGGAGUACAUGACUCAGAAGCAGGAAAAAAAGAAACCCCAAAGCCAUAUUUCCCAGCCUACAUGCCCAUGUCAGAGCUAUGCAAGUUUCUACAAUAGCACUGUGUCCACAUCAGUGGAACUCCACCCCGACACAGCUCGUGGAAAUGUGAACAAAGACAGGACAGCUUCCUUGACACCACACGCUUUAACCACCUAGACUCAGGCCUCGAAGUCUUAGCUGCCAGGAAAUUCCCACUUUAAAGACGAGCCAUGGAAGCAUCCCGAGGAGCAUGGAGCUGAUGGGCCAGUGUCCUGUGCCAUCAACGGAACACUGACCUGGUAAGGGAGGAGAGGGCAGUCCAGGCCAGGGCCAGAGGAAGGGCGUCGACAGCCCUGGGAAGGGCCUUGGAGCUGUAGCAAGAGUCAAGAGCGAGCUGGGACAGUGCCCCACAGAGAGUUACAAGAAUGCAGGCUGGCACUGUUAGCCCCGUAUAAGGUUCUGUGACUAUUGUAGCAGUAUACACAGUGCUUGCAUGAAAGGCCUUGGAAAAACCACGUCCUGUGUUCUUGUCAUAAAUACAUGGUUCGGGACACAGGCUCUGCGAGCAGUCCCUCCCUCGAAUCAUUUCUGUCUUGGAGGACCCUGCUUUUCCAUUCUUCCAGAAGACAGGUGGCCGUGUGGACUGGGACUGCUCAGACAGGGUCAUCUUCAUCGUGUUGUGAUGAAAGAGGAGCUUUUUUUUUUCCAGAACAAAGUACUGCGUUAUAAUAACGUCUGGAGUCCCAGGGUGUCUUUUGUCUGACUUGAUAACAGUGCUACUCAUUAGCAGCUUUUGCUAACUGAUCACCUAAAGCAGUUACAUGAUACUCAUAAGCAAUCUUCUGUGUGUGAGAUAGAAUAAAUCAUCGUGUACUGGAGCUGGUAAUUGAUUUGCUUCUUUUAGCAGCAUUUUAAUUACAGCGUCUGGUUUGUGAACGGCAGAACCGCUCGUGAGCGAAGGUGAAUGGCUGUGGAUUCUCAGUCCUUGUUUUACGUCCUCCCCAUGACUGCACCUCAUGACGCAGUUUCCAGACAUGUGUGUGUUUUUUCUCCUCGCCCCGCACGAAGUUUAGCAGAGAGAAGCACAGUCAUGUGACGCUUGAUGGUGGGGAAACUCCGAGGAAGGCCUCACUCCAUGCUUCCAACCUUGGGUGGGCACCACACAGCGUGCUUUACGUAAGGCAAAUUAAGACGGCUGUAAGGUCACUAGAUGAUGCAGUCUCACUGAAGGCCGCCAUAUGUGCAGUCCAUUCUUGACUGGAAUGCCACUGCACUGUCCUUGGCUGACCAGCCUCCUCUCCCCAGAUGACAAAGGACUAAUGUCAUGGAUGGGGGGUCAUUGACAAUGAUACCUCCUUGGCUCUCUUCCCAAACCUCAAUUCAAGUUCUUCUGGUUUUAAUAAGAAACUUCAAGGCCCUUCUUCAGAGCAGCACCCAGAGAUGCGACUCUAGAGGACAAUACCUUCUGACAGUGCCCCUUCUCAGGAGCAACUUCCAGGGAGGGCAGUCGCCCUUGGAGAUGUUGGGACAACCACAGUGAGUCACAGUGUCUUGGGGAUAGGGCCAUUCCUAUCCCCCUCCCAUUUGGGAACACUGUAGCAGAGGCCGUGUGUGAGGUAAACCUUACUUUGCUGGCCUAGGAGACCAUGGAGACCCCAAAGAACACAUAGUGCGCUCCCCACAGCAGGAAGAACACCAUGCUUAAAGAUCAGGGACAAGGGACUCUCAGUCUAGCUGUGGUGUGGAACCCAUAGGACUCAGUACCCGAAGGAGGAGAAGGGAAGGUGAGAGAAGUAAGCAAUUAAAAAUUAUCGGUAGAUGUAUCAAUCUACUUGGAAGUUGAAGAUAUUGACAUUUAAUUCCUAAAUAAAUCCAAGGCAUAAAAAUGAA